GAGAGCCCAAGAAGACACCAGAUUAUCAAGAUCGGCAAAGAACAAGACAGAAAUCCUACAGGUUGGACAUAUUCAAUGGCCAAACGAAAGCAACUCAAGGACCUCGAUGGCGAUGUAGGCAUGGAGGACAAAUCCCCCGCCCAAGACAACGAAGAUGAAAGCGACGAAGACUUUGACAUGAUCAAUGUAGACUUCGAGUGGUUUGAUCCUCAGCCCGCAGUCGAUUUCCAUGGCAUCAAGAACCUUCUGCGACAACUAUUCGAUUCCGACGCCCAGAUAUUCGACUUGUCUGCCUUGUCCGAUUUAAUAUUGUCGCAACCACUCCUGGGAUCGACGGUCAAAGUCGACGGGAACGAGUCGGAUCCGUACGCAUUUCUGUCGGUGUUGAAUCUGCAGGAGCAUAAGGAUAAACCUUUCAUCAAAGAUGUGAUCACAUAUCUACAGCGCAAAGCAUCUUCCUCCCCUUCCCUUUCCCCCCUGGCCGGCCUUCUCGCUCAAGAUCCCAUUCCUCCAAUCGGCCUGAUCCUCACGGAGCGCUUGAUUAACAUGCCGUCUGAGGUUGUCCCUCCGAUGUACACUAUGCUUCUGGAAGAAAUAGCCUGGGCGAUCGAAGAAAAGGAGCCCUACACCUUCACUCAUUAUCUGAUCAUAUCCAAGACCUACGAGGAGGUCGAGUCCAAGUUGGACAUGGAAGAAUCGCGGCCCCAGAAGAAGAAGAAGAAGGCCGGGAACAAAGCCGAACAGUUCUAUUUCCAUCCCGAAGAUGAGGUUCUUCAGAGGCAUGCACUAUGUCACGGCUCAUUCGAAUACACUCAUCAGCAUGAUGAAGGCCACUCCGACUCGAAACGGACUUUCCAGGAACUAGGUAUUAGAACUAAGCCAAGCAUGAUCUUGAUCGAAGCUCCGAAGUUUGAAACGGCAGUGAAAGCCGUGUCUGACUAUCUAAAGCCCCCUGUUUAG